AUGAGAUUCACCGCAAUUAAGUCCGUUGCUAUCCUUGCAGCUACUGCCCUCGCCGCCCCAGCCUUCCAGACAGAAGAGAAACGGGCCUUUGUUACCGACGAGCUUGAUCCCCGGGAGUUCGUCACCGAGGCUAAACGCGAGUUUGUCACCGAGCCCCAGCGCCGUGGCUUUGUGACUGAGCCAGAAAGACGCUCCUUCGUCGCUGAAGACAAGCGAGGAUUUGUCACUGAAAAACGAGGCUUCGUCACCGAGCCGGAGAAGAGAUCUUUUGUAACGGAACCCGAAAAGCGCGGAUUUGUUACCGAGUCUGAGAUGGACAAGAGUGGCUUCGUGACCGAGGAGAAACGCGGAUUUGUCACCGAGCCCGAAAAGAGGUCCUUGGUCGCUGAAGAUAAGCGCAGCUUUGUGACUGAGCCUGAGAAGAGAGCGUUCGUGACUGAGGACAAGCGCAGCUUUAUCACUGAGCCCGAGAGGCGCGGAUUUGUCACCGAGGAGAAGCGUUCGUUUGUCACUGACGAGGAUAUGCACUAA